AUGAAAAUAUUAUAUUUAAUUUUUACAAUUUUAAUUUUAAUUAAUUUUACAUUUGCAAAUGAUGGAUUUGUUUUAGUUACACCAAUGGGAACAGGAGAAGAAUGUUCAUCAACUCCAUAUGGUGAAGGAUACUAUUUACCAACUGGAACAGAGAUUACAAUCGAUUAUGAAUGCUAUCAAUUUGAUUUUGUAAACUCAUCAACUCAUUUACAAGUUCAAUAUUUAGGUAAAAACUGCACAGCUGAACAUCCAUCAGUCACUAUUUUCCCAAUGAACGAAUGUGUUGAUUUCAAAAUUAAAGAAGACGACCUUUCAUUUAUGUCAAUAAUUACAGCCAAUGAUGUUAUUCCAGAACAAUCAAUUUCAUACGUUUAUUAUUACUAUUCAAACUUUUGUAGUGGUCCAACUUACCAAUUAUUCUUUACAAAUGGUUACUCAAAUGAAUAUUCAAAAUAUCAAUGUGUAAAUGGUAAACCACAAGUUUUUGUUUGUACUGAUUCCGGUUCUUGUACUCCAAUCGAUGCAAGUGGUUGUACAAAUAAAAAUGUACCAAUUCCAUAUAGAGUAGAAUGUUAA